GGUUUUUGCAUUUUUUUCUUUCCUUAGAUUUUGGGCUGCAAUCAUUGCACGCUCUGCACCGAAAGAAUGGAGGAGGAGGGGGAAUCGUUUUCGUUACAGUAAAUUGGAUUGGGUGGAAAUAAAUUACCAGUCUAGUUCUAGCUUAAACACAAACGAACGCAGCCAUAGUUGGGUAGGAAAUGGAGAAGAUGCAUCAACAGCAAUGGUGGAGGGCAGUCAAAUCACGGUUGACAUACAAGAACGCUACUCUAGUUGUUUGUUUAUGCAACGUGAUUGCCGCCCUGUUUUUGCUCCACUGCGUUUUCUUCCAUCCAUCGUCUUCCAGAUCAGCCGUCUCACAAAAAGCUCUACUGAGGCAUAUGAAGGAAUCCGAAGAUAUAAGACGUAGCAUGGUUCCUGUCGAUCUGAUCAGAAGGGUUAGAGAAAUCAGAGAAGAAGAGCAUGCUGAAGCAGAGGAAAUCCAACAGAAAGAUGUAAAAGUAAAACAGACAGCUGCCGUGGACCUAAUAUCUCGACUCAACAAUUUCCGUUCGUAUUCAGAUCCUGGAAGUGUGAAAGCAAUCGAGGAAUGGAGAAGGCGGAAGAUGGAGCGAGCCAGACAGCGUUCUUUGGUGAAGAAUGGAACCGGCGUGAGCAGCAGCUAACUGAAUCUAAAAUCAUUCGAAUUUUCCUGAUCAAUCAAGCUUAUUCAACCAUCUCAGUUAGCCCCUACGGCUGUGUUCUUAACUUGCUCCGACAGCUUAUAUUUGAAGAACCAAAGCUGGGCUUCCUGACAUUGAAUUAAAUUACAGUUAUCUUGUAAGUUCAUGGGUUUAUGAUAACACACUCGAAAAGUAGCGGUCGUAGAUUUUCAUGUUAUCAAAAAUUCAAAAAUAGAAAAUAAAAUUACAGUUUAUCCUGUAAGUAGCCUCUUAUACAGCUGAAAUUGUAGCCAAAACCACAGAUCGUGUUUCUCUCUAAUUAAUGCUAAGUUUCUUGGCUAGUAA